CUUUCUCUUCAGCUUUCAUCUCUUCCUUCAACUGUAUAUGACCAACCAAGUUGGUGUGGGCUUAUCAUGACCAUCCACCCAGCUAAAGUACACAGAUACGAACUCCAAGCCUCCAAUAAUGAUGCCGGUGGUAAUUCUGGCGAAAGCAGAGGACUUCUAUCGCGCCUAAGCCGAGCUGGCCACUGGCUCAGCCUUGUGGUCCACGGGAACUGCUACAGCCUCGCACGUAACGUCUGGUUCGGCUCUGAUCUUCUCAGUCACAGCACUCUCAGAUCCAGCUUGGUGUGUACCAUUGACUGCAGCUUUGACCUGCCCAAAUUCGUGGUCAAACACCUCCUCAGCGUGCUUCUCGGCAUCAAAGCCGUGGAUCCAAUCCUGGCGAGGGAACUGCACUGAUUCUGGGUCCUUCUUGACCUUCUCCCAGUCGGCUUUGUGCCACAUAUCGCGUGUUGUCUCUCCAGUCUUUUGCACAGCUUUGACGCGGUCGUAUCUAGCGACAAUGAGCACCGUCCGCACAGCAUCUGGGACAUCCUCCUUUCCUGCCCGUCGUAGGCAGAUUGCGAUUGUCACGCCAUCCUCCAUGGCUUGCGUGGCCCCUUGAGCCGAUGUCGGCAAGAAAGGAUGUGCUGAAUCUCCCAGCAAAGCAAUGCGGCCUGCCUUGCUGAUCCACGUGGGCAGUGGAUCUCUGUACACCAAUUUCCAGUCGACGAGGUGGCUUUCGGGCGUCUUCGAAACGAUGGUCUUGCAUAAGGGAUCCCAGCCUUCGAACACUUUAUACACAUCCUCCAGCUUCCCUGGGAACGACCACGACUCGUCGAUGUCUGCCUCGUCCUGUAGUCGUUCAAUCAGCAGGAUCGAGAAUGAUAGGCACGGAACACUGCAUAUCCGCUGCUCUUCGGCUUGUCGACAUACCCCAGGACCAGUUCGCGUGCUUUCGAUCUUACGCCAUCGGAUCCGAUGACCACGUCGCCGUAGACCUAUGCACAUAAGCAAAACGCGGCGCCAUUUUGGUGCGAAAACGUCAGCCGUACCUUUUCGCCCGUGGUGAGCUCGAUACCCGCCCUGUCCUCUUCUUCGAUAUACUUUUCGACUCUCUGCCCGAGAUGGAUGGGUAUCUUGAGGUCAUCCUUGGCAUAAUUGAAGACCACUUCGUGCAAUUCUCCACGAUGGCCGUUGAACACUGGGGCAUCCGGAUCCUGCGGAGGCGUGGGCUGGGUAAUGAUGUGUUCGCCCGUAUACUUGUGGAUCCUGAAGCCAUGUUUCACCAGGUCGAUGCUGAGUGAUCUCAUCGUCUUUGCUAUCGAACCGUCCGUUCCCCAACGUCGAAAUAUCCGCCCGGCGUUGGCUCCAAACGAUAUGAUGUCUCCGAGCGGUUUCAGGAUCGGGAAAGACUCAUAGAUCUCCACAUCGUGGCCUUGUCGGUGACAUUCUAUAGCUGCUGUGAGGCCUCCGAAUCCUGCAGCCCUGUUAGCAGGACGAUAUUGCUACUGCGUUUGGAUCUGCGUGCCUGCUCCGACAAUGAUCACUUUGAUCCCGGUCUUGGAUUUGGCAAAUGGCUCCUCCGCUGCCAUAAUCAUUUUGAAGGUCGUUGAGAAGGUCUAAUUUCACAAGAAGCAAGCCGAGGAUAAAUUUACAGUACGCGACCUUCCGCGAACAAGUGAGGCAACCACAGAUUUCCCCAAGCCGAAUUGCCGAUCGUGAAGCAUUGUACCAAAAUGGACAAUGGACAGGGGAGUUCGGAGAAUAUCAUUGGAGCAGGUGAGUGGUGGUGGGAUUUCCUUCUCCACAGUCACCCUCCAGUCUUCUGUCCCUUGUAGUGGCACAGCAUUACGCCUCUAUACUCGGAUAUACAUAGUACUUUCACAAAACCACUUGCGGAUGAUUUGGCUGCCCUAUUUGACAGUUCGUUGUGGGGUUGGUCCGUUGAAGCCACAUCUGGCGGCUAAGACAUGGAAUAUAACCCGCCGAGCAACUGUGCAUCAUCAACACCACUGUCCUGGCACAACCUCGAAAAAUUUCAGGUGGCGUUGAUAAGAAUCCUGUGAGUUCCUUUCCAUUGUCCGAGCCAGGCGUGUGGUCAAGGCGCUCUGCUCUCCUGUUGCCGGAAUAGGAACCAUCCUCCAUAAGCGAAGCGGCCCAGGCACCCGAUCUGUUGCGUUCUUCGGGAUGCCGACGUGUUAUCCAACCUGGCGAUAUACUGCUUCGGGUUAGGCAGCACAUCCACGAUUCGCCUGUCAGUGUCGAAGGACUACUCACCACUAUCUUCGAAGCGUGGCCCAAGGUAACGGACGCAAGCCGCACAUAACGGCUCCCAGCUGAUUCCGAAACCAAUCAAUCAAUCAGCCACAGCUACCUCUCGCUGCCUGCCUGAGUGCCACAGAAGAACAGUCAUGACUUCAAACCCGCAGUAUGGCCAGGAAACCACGGCGACAGAAGUGGCCAAAGCCUUUGCCAAUGAGAUCAGAGGCAAAACAGUGGUAAUCGUCGGCGUAUCACCACAGAGUCUAGGAGAGUCCAUGGCAUUGGCACUAGCAUCUCAGUCGCCUGCACUUCUUAUCCUGGCAUCACGCACACGAUCCAAGAUCGAGGAAGUAGCUCGGAAAAUCACCGCCGGCAACCCGUCGGUACGGCUGGAAAUCGUCGAAAUUGACCUGUCUUCUCUCGAGUCCGUCCGUCAGGGCGCGUCCGCCAUCAACCAACUAGUGGACCAAAUCGACAUUCUGAUCAAUAACGCAGCCGUGGUGAUGCAGGCGCACGCAUUCACCAAGGACGGCCUAGAACUUCAAUUCGGAACGAACCACAUCGGCCCGUUCUUAUUGACCAACUUGCUGCUGCCCAAGAUUCUGGAGGCCGCACAGCGCAGCUCUGAUCAAGAAUCACGACCCACGCGUAUCAUCAACGUCACUAGCCAAGGACACGUCAUUUCACCUAUCCGCUUCAGCGACCCAAAUUUCCUGAAGCGGCCCGAAGACAUCCCCGAAGCAGAACGGCCUGUGUCCCUAUCGCCGGGAGGAUAUAGGGCCUUCGACCCGGCCCCGGGGGAGACAUACGUCCCCUUUGCAGCGUACGGCCAGUCCAAAACCGCCAAUAUCCUGACGGCGAUGUAUCUCAAUCGACAUCUCGCGAGCCGGGGGGUCAGAGCCAUAGCGACGCACCCGGGUUCGAUCUGGACAGAUCUGUCGCGCAAUUUGGACGAAACAUACACAAGUUUCAUCAGCAAGACGGGCGGGUUCUGGAAGGACCUCGAUCAGGGCAGUGCGACUAUGUUGGUCGCCGCGCUUGAUCCGCAGCUCGGUAGGGACGAGAGUAAAGAUGUCCUCUAUCUCAGUGAUUGUCAGGUCGCUGAGCCUGCGGCGCACGCGAGCGAUUGGAACGCCGCGGAACGACUGUGGAAGUUGAGCGAGGAUAUUGUCGGGGAGAAAUUUACACUAUAGAGGAGGUAUCUCAUACGUAUGUUUAUAUUAUGUAGGUACCUGGUAUGUACUGCAGGUAUUUCUUGAAAACUAUCCUAUUCGUUGGAACGAAAUAAAUUACCUGGUAUGUAGAGGACAUAUAUUCCCCACUCAAGUAUACCACGUUGGCUCCGGGACCUCAUCCAACAAGAA